AAUCUCUUUGUAGAUCGUAGACUGUUCGCCUCUGUCUCUUUGUGUACGCUUGAGAGCUGUUUUGUCAGUUGUGUGCGUGUGAUAUAUACAUUCAUAUACGUUGCUGGUGUAAUGGCGAUCGUCGUCGCAGCCUCGCGAAAAGUAACAGCAGCUGCAACAGAAGCGUAACAUACAAAAGUCGCCCUCGUAAGUAUCGUAUGCGCGAGAAAUACAUCGAGAGGACCGAGUUAAAUAUUCGACGCUGCAGUUCUCGCACACACAAGUGGUAGAGAGUGUUUGUUGCGGUGGUGCGUCUGUGGGUCUCGAGUGCGCAACGGCGGAAAAGAUUGCCUAUUACGAUUCGUACAGCGCAUCUAUUUAGCGCGUCUGCAGCCUCUGUUAAUGUUGGCCAAGCCAAUAUUAUAAGCUUAUACAUAAUAAGUCUGUGUGUGUGUUCGCGCUGUGCCUCGUGUGCCACUAUAAUACAGCACACUGAGGCAAACAAAGCCCGAAGCUACGCAGCAACAGCAGCAGCAGCAGCAUCGCGUUGAAUUAUCGCCGUUCUGUAAAGUCGAGAGACUGAAACGGUUUAACUAUAUAAGUGUAAGCGAUACCAAGAUCCGAUUAAUUUCGAGACCUUGUCGUCGCGCUUCAUAAAUUGAUAAGCUGGCUAACAAAAACAACAACACGUCGUCCCGAGUGGCAUCGGGCCUGUCGCGGACGUCCAAUCAACGGACCCCAUCCGCUUCGGCUGCUAACUUGAACAAUCUGACGAAUAGAAACAAAAACAACAACAGCAACAGUAAUAGUAACAGUAACAACAACAACAGCAACAUCAACAAUUCCUCGUCGGGACAAGCCUACGCUACCCCGGUUUUUUUUAAAAACAACAUGACUUCUGUCAACAGCUCGGCCUGUGCGCCAGCCAGCGCGGGCUCCUCUGAGUCGGAUUUCCGCAUGAACAUUGCUGCCCUUAAACGCGUUGAUCCCUAUGUCAAGACCAUCAUCGAGACGGCCACACACGUCGCCCUCUACACGUUUAACGGCGAGAGCAAUGAGUGGGAGAAAACCGAAAUUGAGGGAGCUAUGUUUGUGUACUCGCGUAUAGGAGAACCCUACAAUAGCAUAAUCAUCAUGAAUAGACUAAACACUCAAAAUCAAGUGGAACCAGUUACUCCAGGCUUAGAUCUACAACUUCAAGAGCCAUUUUUAUUAUACAAGAACUCCAAAGGACAUAUAUAUGGUAUUUGGUUUUAUGACAGAAAUGAGUGCGUAAAAAUAUCGUCUGUGUUGAACAAACUUGCAAAAGAAUCAGACUCUUCUAACAAAGUUAUACCAAAAAAUAAAAAACCAGUUCAAAAGAAAACAAAUAACGUUGACAUAUUUAGCAUGUUGAGCAAAGCUCAAGAAGAUUAUAAUUCUAACAAAUCUGGCUCAUCAGAUAAAGUUAGCAGAAAAGCAGAUCCUAAAUCACCAAUGAGUAAUGCAAUUGGAGAAUUGUCUGGGGCAUUGAAUGCCAUGGCUAUGGCAUCCAAUGUGGCUCCAGAUGUGACAUCAAAAAGUGUAAUGGACUUCUUUGCUAAAGCUAAAGUAAACCCUCCAGUGGCCCAAUUAAUGUCUCAUCCUGCAGCUCAUACUGUAGAAAAUAUAGAAAAACAGCAUAGAUCUAAUACGCCUCAACCGGCAGCAGGCGCGUCUUCAAUGUCAUUAAACAGUACAAGUUGUGAAGAAUCAAUUAUAGCCAAGCUUCAAAAAAAAGCAAAUAUUGCUGCAUCAAAUAAACCAACUCAACCAUUAACAUUAACAGAGUACGCUGCAGCUAAAACACCUAAUGUUGCCGAUAAAUCAGGACGAACUGAUGACAAUCAUACCUCAAGUUUUCUCAGGAUACAGUCUCCAAAUGCUAUAAAUUCAAACGCUAUGCAAAAUAGAAAUAAUGUUAGUCUUAAUAAUUAUGGCGAAGGAUAUGACUCUGUAUAUCUAAAACAAAAUACUUCAUUGCCGAGCCAACUCUAUGAUCCAGCUUAUCAUCACAAUUCUACGUAUCCUCAUGAUGAUUUGGUGAAUGCCCCACUUACACCUAAAUCCUCAACCUUGACUUCAGGUGGCACAGCUCCAGCACUCAUACCUCCGGGUAUGUUUGCUGCAUCUUCAAGUCCAGCAACAACAGAGUCUUUCCUGCGACCAGUUGAACCACUGACAAGAAAUCAAUUACUCCAAGGGUUUAAUUACUUGUUACGUAAUGAUCCGGAGUUUGUUAACAAAUUACAUGAAGCAUAUGUGAAGUCUUUCAGCGAAAUACUUUCAUAGAUUUGAAAGUAUUCAGACGAAUCUUAAAAACUCACCCACACCUGUAUAAAGUAAAUCGCGCGUAAAAUUUGCAUGUACAGCAUUCCUGUUAGAACGCGGAUGAUCUAUUGAAUAGGAAAAGUGUGGCUAGAAAAUGUGAAAGGUGAAGUGCGCUUUAAAAACAAUAACGAACAGCGAGAAAGGUAUUCAUCACUGUCAAAUGUGUUUUUAUUUUAUUUUUAUUAGUGUUGCCCUUUGAAGAAUUUUAAUAUUUGUGAAUGGCAGACUUUUGGCACUUGAACUUUUGCACGUUCUUGCAACAUUAUUUUAGAUUUUAAAAACAAAUCGAGUACUUUAAGCAGUAUUUUUAUAUUCUGGUGUGAUCUAAAGCAGCUUUGAUAAUAAAUCGACAUUUAAGACUCGAGUGUCAAUGAUAUACACUUAAAUCGUCAAUGAUAUAAACUUGCAACACUAAGUUAGUGCGCAAGUCCGAAAGAAUAUGAUUAAAUUUAGCAGAAGCAGUGCAAACGUCAGAUCAUCGAAGGGUUUGCAAAAAUAUAUAGUUACGCGAUUUAAAUCUAAAAACAAUCAUUGUAAUCUCGCGAAUCUUUAUGAAUGAGCGAAAAUGACUUUGUUUUUUUCAAACUGGUGCUUUAAAAAGUGAUUGACGCAAUGUACUUACAGAAAAUCAAGUACUGAACAACAGAAAUUGUAAUUUUUUUUAACGAUGUAACGACCUACAUGGUAGAACUACCCUUCGUAUCCUUAUAUUGUUAUUAGUGUGAUCGUUAUGACGUGCGUUGUGCUGCUGCUCUUUGUGCAUGUCCAAGAGUUAUUAAUAUUAAAAAUUUAAUGAAUUGUAUAAAAAUAAUCCAUGUUAAAAUGGAAACAUACAGCAAGUAGAUUAUUAUUAUUAUACUGAUUAAAGAAUACGAGCGAUUAAGAUCCUACAAACGCUUGAGUUGUGAGAAAGAAUAACAAAUAAAAGAACACAAGAUUUCGUCAAGAAUAAAACUUGUAUAUAUUGUUUGACAUUUUUAUCUUGUUUUUUCAUCUCUUUUAAUUAGCCGAACUACUCGACAUUUUACGUAAAGUAGGACAUUUUUUUACAUUAUUCGCGUUAUACAAUCUAUGUAGAAUAGCGAUACUCAGUUAAUACGUAAAUUAAUUUUAUUUUAUAGUAAAUUAUUAUCGUAUUAUCACAAUAUUACAUAAUUUUUUAAAUGGAAUACGAUUAAAAAAUGGUACAUGCUCGACAAUCGUAACAUACAUCAUGCGAUGAUCUCAACUCUUCACUAGACUCUCGUGUGAUAUUUAUCGAUGUUUAAGUGAUUCAAUUGACAAGUUGUCAUUAUUUCAAAAAAUAUAGAGUUACAUUUGUUUCUCAAUGGUUCAAUUUGAGAGAGAUAACAAAAUCGUAUAAGUUUUUCCUCGAGCCUGUAAGGCAAAAAAAAAGACAAUUCGAUGAGCGUCGAUCAAAAACUAUGCAGUCAACAUCGAAGCAAAAAUCAUUUUUUCAUUCACUCGACUCAUAUAGUGCUCUUGGACUCUUUCUCAAUAGCUUGUAAUAUUUGUAAUGUUGGAAGUACAAAAUUCAUUUGAUCAAAUAGAUUUUAUAAGAAAAAGACCAA